ACCAUAGAUUGUUCCAUCGGAUCAUUGGGUUUACAAGAAGACCAUUUCACGGUCUGGCUAAAAACCCAACAACGCUGAGAUUGCUAGACCAUGUUGGUUGAUCCAAGCUCGCACCCAUGGCCCGAGUGGCUAGAUUUAAUGGGGAUGUUAGUGAAAAAAGGUUACUUUCGUCGAAAGCAGCGUGAAUCCAUUGAUGAGUUCCAAGGACUCGAAUCAUAUUCGUACUGCUUGUCUCAAUUUUGCCCGCCAUCGUUCACUCUCGUCAGAUACUUGUCAAAGAAAGAUAUCAAAGUGAUUGCUGGGUGUGGAUGUCCUAGCACUGACAGAAAGGUCGUGAAGUCGGGAAAGCGUUUAAGAGCUUAUGUGGGCAUGAUGAAGGAAAUCUUAAAAGAGUUUGAAUCUGCUGAGACUCAGACAGCUGGAGAUGAGCUCCAGCCGAAUUCACAUGACAGUGAGGAGAGAGAUCCACGAAAAAGACCAGGGGAUUGGCAUUGUACAGAAUGCAAGUUCCUAAAUUUUGCGAAAAACAUAAGAUGCUUGCGAUGUGAUGUGUUUUCUGAGGAAAGGCUUGAAACAGUUGAAGGAAGAACAGAAAGAUCAUCUCCCACUGAAGAAAGGAGAUUGGAUUUGUCAAACGUGAGGACAAACAGUUUGAUCGAUGCAAUUCCUGAACUUUCGAAAAACACAAGAUGCUUAAGGUGCAAAGACAAGCCUACAUCGCGUCAAAUCAAUCCGGGAGAGUGGGAAUGCGAUGUCGUGCAAUUACAUCAAUUUCAGAAGAAACGCUAAGAGAAGGUCGUUGUUCCAAGAAACUUUAGAUUAUUGGAAGAGCUUGAAAGAGGUGAGAAAGGAAUUGGAGAUGGCACUGUGAGCUAUGGAAUGGAUGAUGCUGAUGAUAUCUUGAUGGCAAUCUUGGACUGGUACCAUUAUUGGUCCUCAUACUACUGCACUCGGAUAAACAUGGCUUGUGUCAAUCCUGAGAAUGGAGUGGUUGAUCCGAGUCACUUCCCUAUGCUCUCCAACUGGAGAAGAGAAUACACAAUGGAGGAUUUACUGAUUCAGCUUAAAAAGGAAUGAUGUCAUCGCAGAACCGCAAGUUAGCUCAACCCUUGGAAGGUAAUGAGGAAGGAAGAACUGACCCAAAGGGACUAGUGGUGAAAUGUUGUGUCAUGUGAAGAAGGUAAUGAGGAAUUUGUAAGAAUUUAAGAGACAAACAAUGUAUAUAAUCAUCAUUUGAAAGGCUUUAAGAUUGUCUGCCUCAGAACCCUUUCUUCUGCAGGCCUUCUUAAUCCUACCAUUUGAUUAUGUAUUAUGUAAUAUUUGAGAAUAUAUCCACCAAAAGGUGCCCUUAAUAAACCUACACUCUUCUU